AUGCGGAAAGGCUAUCUCAUAUUCAUCAUCGUCAAUGUCCUCAUCGUUGCAUUCCUCGUGCGCAGUGUCUUCACGCUCCUGACGCUCCUUAUCGAGGAUGCCUCGGCUGAUGCCAUUCGCCGGUCUGACCUCCCUUCGCCGAAUUCGAGUCUCUUAGAAACACGUCCCCAACUUAUCCCGAAAAUUAUCCAUCAGACAUACAAGAAUUAUUCAAUUCCUCUCAUAUGGCAAGAAGCACAGAAGAGUUGCAUGGUCCUUCAUUCUGAUUACGAAUACAAGCUAUGGACGGACGAGAAAUCAAAAGAAUUCAUCGCGAAGGAAUAUCCUUGGUUCCUGGAGACGUUUGAAAAUUACCCCUACAACAUUCAGCGCGCUGAUGCUAUUCGAUACUUUGUGCUGGCACAUUAUGGUGGCACUUACAUCGAUUUAGAUGAUGGCUGCAACCGCCGUUUAGAUCCGCUCCUCUCCUAUGGUGCCUGGGUUCGACGCACUGCCCCGACGGGCAUCUCGAAUGACGUCAUGGGAGCUGUGCCCCAGCAUCCCUUCUUCCUCCGUGUCAUUGAUUCGCUACAGGCAUAUAACAGAAAUUGGGCGUUGCCAUAUAUCACCGUGAUGUAUUCGACGGGUCCUCUUUUCCUAUCUGUGAUCUGGAAGGAAUACAUGUUGUCGGAACCCUUCAAGACGGAUCGCGUUCGCAUCCUUAUGCCAGACGAAUACAAUCGGCAUUCAUGGAGCUUCUUCACACAUCACCAGGGAAGUAGUUGGCAUGGCAAGGAUGCCAGGUUGAUAUUUUGGAUGGGCGGACAUUGGAUGCUCCUCACAACCGCCGGCUUCCUCCUAGCAGGCAUCGUCGGCUUCUGCCUCUGGUGGGCCUAUGGUCGUCUACUCUUAUGCACCUCGCGCUGUUUCCGCUACUCUCCACUAUCACGACGCCCUCCACCACCACCCUCAAGCCCACACUGCCCCUCUUAUUCCUCCACUAGCCGCCGCAACCGAUUACUCCAAGGUUGGCUACGACGACCGAGCCCAUCGAAGAGGCAAGACGAAGAAUCCGGCAGCAGAUACACCGAUAUUCCUUACGAACUUGUUGGGCGGAAGAGCAAUGUACGAAACGAAUAG